AUGAUGCUUCUCAAAUCACUCUCCUUUACCCUCGCUGGGCUGUUGGCAUUGGCAACUGCCAUUCCGAUGCCAAAGGCCCUUUCAAGCGAUGUUUCUACCGAGGCCAGUGCCACCGACAGACUUGUGUUCUGUCAUUUUAUGAUUGGCAUAACUAGCAACCGCCAGAGCGCCGCGGAUUAUGAUGAUGAUAUGCAACGCGCGAAAGCACUGGGAAUAGAUGCAUUCGCUUUGAAUAUUGGCGUGGAUCCAUACACUGAUACGCAGCUCAAUUUUGCCUACGAAUCUGCCGCAAGAAACAACAUGAAAGUUUUCAUCUCAUUUGAUUUCAACUGGUAUAACACUGGACAAGCCACUGCCGUUGGACAGAAGAUCAGACAAUAUGCUAGUCUACCAGCACAGCUCAAGGUAGAUGGUAAGGUCUUUGCCUCCUCAUUUGCCGGCGACGGCCUCGAUAUCCCUGCCAUGAACUCCGCCGCUGGCACCGAAGUGUUCUUCGCGCCGAAUUAUCAUCCAGGAGUGGGAGACUUCAAUGCUAUCCAAGGUGCACUUAAUUGGAUGGCUUGGCCUAACAAUGACAACAACAAAGCACCGACCCCAGGUCAUAAUGUGAGCGUUGCAGAAGGUGACAGUAAAUACAUCGCAGCCUUAAAUGGAAAGCCAUACGUUGCACCUGUCUCGGGUUGGUUCUCAACCCAUUUCGGCGGCGAGGUUCCCUAUAGCAAGAAUUGGGUCUUUCCUUCGGAUCUGCUCUGGUAUGACAGAUGGCAAGAGAUCUUGAAUCUCGGACCACGGUUCGUGGAGAUAGUUACCUGGAAUGACUACGGAGAGUCACACUAUAUCGGACCACUGUCCUCGCCUCAUACAGAUGACGGAGCCUCCAAAUGGGUGAUGGAUAUGCCACACAAUGGAUGGCUGGAAAUGUCAAAACCUUUCAUCGCCGCUUACAAGGCCGGCGAAAAGUCCGUCAACAAUUACAUCACCGAAGACAAGUUGAUCUACUGGUAUAGACCAACACCUAAAGACAUCAAUUGCGACUCAACAGAUACUACUAUGCAGGGAAAUCCGAACAACUCAAGUGGAAAUUUCUUCCGCGGACGACCAAACGGGUAUGAGACGAUGAGCGAUGAGGUGUUUGUUGUCUCAUUGCUCACGUCACCCGCUACUGUUCAGGUCACUUCAGGGACGGGCAGCCAGACAUUCCAAGCACAGGCCGGGGCCAGCGCCUUUGCAGCACCAAUGGGCAUCGGCAAACAGCAGUUUUCGCUCCUGCGCAAUGGGCAAACCGUCAUGUCUGACACAAGUCUGAAAGACAUUGUCAACAGCUGCAUCUGCGGCAUCUACAACUUUAACGCCUAUGUGGGCACCGUGCCACCGGAGACGACUAUUGACAAACUCCAACCAGCGGGACUGCAGAUGCUGUAUCAGGGACUGACAGUACCAUGCCCGACUAACACUCUAGGACUUGCUAGCCCUAGUGCCACCGCUUAG